AUGAAUAUUGUUCUGUACUUAAUUUUAAUUUUUAUAUAUAUAAGUCAUAUUAAAAAUAUAAGUGUAUAUUGCAGGAAGCAGUAUGAUAUAAAAAAAAUAAAGAAUAGCUAUUCAUACAACAUAAUACAUGACGAAAUAAGGGGAAAGUUCCAAAAUGAUUUUAACAAUGUAAUUUAUAAAAGGAGGAAACUUUUGUAUAUUCAAGUUCCCAAAAAAAAGGAAAAAGGAAUUAACCUAUAUAACAGUUACAUACAUGAUAAAAAAAUUAACGACCUUUUAAAUAAUAAAAAGAAAAAUAAACUCUAUUAUUUACAUAUAAAUAAUAAUGAAAAAGGCAUAAAAAGAAGAAACAAGAACGAAACAUUACAAAUAUUUUUGAUAAAAAAAAAAAAAUUACUCCAGCAGUAUAUUUACAACCUAAAAGAAUCAUUAUUAUAUAAGUAUAAAACUACGAAGAUUAUAACGAAAAUUUUUAUAUCAUCUUCUUUAAUUUUAGUAGCACUUAAUAUAGGUGGUAUAAAACCUGAAGAUAUUGCUCUGCAUAGUAAAAGAGUUAUAAGAGCUUUUGAAUUUUAUAGAAUUAUAACAUCAGCAUUAUUUUAUGGAGAUAUAUCAUUAUAUGUGUUAACAAAUAUUUAUAUGUUAUAUUUGCAAAGCCAUGAAUUAGAAAAAUCCUUAGGCUCAUCAGAAACUUUUUCCUUUUAUUUAUCACAAAUUACUAUUUUGUCUGUUCUAUGUUCUUACUUGAAAAAACCGUUUUACGCAACCGCAUUAUUAAAGUCUUUGUUAUUUGUAAACUGUAUGCUAAAACCUUAUCAAAAAUCUAACUUAAUAUUUGGAAUACAUAUUUACAAUAUAUAUUUACCAUAUUUAUCAAUUUUUAUUGAUAUUUUGCAUGCACAAAAUUUAAAAGCCUCCUUAUCCGGAAUAUUGGGUGUAACAAGCGGAUCCAUUUACUAUCUUCUAAAUGUUUACUUAUAUGAAAAUUACAAUAAAAAGUUCUUCAAAAUUCCAAAAUUUUUAAAAAACUACCUUGAUUCGUUGAGUUCAGAUGAAUUAUUUUAA